AGAAACUUUCUCCUCUUUUCUCUCCUAUAAAUACAUCCCACCCCAAUUCCCUCUUCAUUUCAUUCAUUCUCAGUUUCGAAGCUAUUAGGAAAUAUUCAUGCCUCCCCCUGCAAUGGCAAUGGAAAACGACGACGUAAUAAGAGAAACUGAUGAGUUCCAGAAAGGCGUAAAGCAUCUUUCGGAGAAUGGAGUUAGCAAACUUCCGGAUAAGUAUAUAUUGCCUGUUUCGGAUCGACCCAAUGUACAUAAGGACCAUCUGAAUGUGUCUAAGUCGAGUAUCCGACUGCCGGUGAUCGAUUUCGGCGAAUUACAAGGCCGAAAUCGAUCCCGAGUCCUCGACUCCCUCUCCUACGCUUGUGAGGAAUACGGGUUUUUUCAGGUGGUGAAUCACGGCAUCCCCAUUGAAGUUAUAAGAAGGAUGAACGAUGUGAGCAGCAGGUUCUUUGGGCUACCCUACGAGGAAAGAGCAAAGUACAUGUCGUCCGACAUGACCUCGCCUGUUCGAUACGGGACUAGCUUGAACCAGAUCAAAGAUUCAGUUUUCUGCUGGAGAGAUUUCUUGAAGCUCUUGUGCACUCCGUUAUCGGAUGUUCUUCCUCAUUGGCCUUCCUCUCCCACGGACUUCAGGGAAGUGGCGGCUACCUACGCAAAGGAAACCAAGUGGUUGUUUCUAAGGGUCACGGAGGCCAUCUUGGAGAGCCUGGGCCUGUGGGAUGCCACCGCCACCGCACCGGAAGAUGAUGAAAUAAUGAAGCAAUUCAAUGAAGGAAGCCAGCUGAUGGUAGUUAACUGUUUCCCUCCUUGCCCGGAACCCGACCUCACCUUAGGAAUGCCGCCGCACUCCGAUUACGGAUUCUUGACCCUUCUUCUCCAGGACCAAGUCCAAGGCUUACAAAUCCAACACAAAGGGAAAUGGAUCACCGUUGAACCAAACGCCGAUUCAUUCGUCGUUAAUGUCGGCGAUCACCUCGAGAUAUUUAGCAAUGGAAGAUACAAAAGUGUGCUGCAUAGGGUAUUUGUGAACCCAGAAAAGCCACGGCUAUCGGUGGCCUCAUUGCAUAGUCUGCCAUUCAAUAGCAUGGUCGGACCGUCGCCUAAACUGAUUGACGAAGGGAACCCAAGGCGUUAUAAAGAAACAGAUUUUGCCACUUUUCUUGAAUACAUUUCGUCUUGUGAGCCCAAGAUGAAGAAUUUCUUGGAGUCUAGGAAAUUGACAUGAAAACCAUUGGAA